UAACGCCAACACGUAAAACAAAACAGAUGCCAACACAGCUCUACAGACCGAGGGGCUGUCAAUAACAAAAUUAGCCACCAUCCCCAAGGUGAGGAACGUCCGAAACGAAGGAAAGAAAGGAAAAAGACUCACCUAGACGGCCCUAGUUAGUUAUACAGCUAGUUAGCUUCAGGAUAAGUCAGGUUAUUUGGUCGUGAUCGCUAAACCGGCUAAGAAAAGCAGCGUUCCUCAAUCACAAAGGGAUCUGUCGGUCGGUGGCAGACGUUUUGCCAUGGCCCAGGAGACCAAUCAGAGCCCGGUUCCCAUGCUGUGCGCCACUGGCUGUGGUUUUUACGGCAACCCCAGGACCAAUGGCAUGUGCUCCGUUUGCCACAAAGAGCAUCUGUCGAGACAGAACAACGGCGGCGUCGGCUCUCUGAGUCCGAUCGGCAGCAGCUCCACGUCCGAGGAGUCGGCCAUCCAGAGUUUAGAGGACACUUUGAACAACGCUGCAGCCGCCGCCGUCGCUGCCGCAGAGGAGGCCGCUGAAGCGGCGGCGGCUGCCUCCAACGCCACAGAUCUUCUCAGCGGGAGUUCAGCUGCCGCCUCCGUAACGCAGCAGAUGACUGAAAUGAGGCUCUCGUCUCAGGAGAAACCAGCAUCAGGCAGCAAACUAGACGACACAGAAGCAGUUGUGAAUCAGCCCCCCAGUUCAGUUCCCCUCCCCUCCACUGCUGGCAGUGAAGACGUCGACCCUCAGAACCCGACAAGCCCAAAAGAAGCGCUGCUUCAUGUGUCGCAAAAAGUCGGCCUUACUGGUAAGAAAACACGAUGUUCUGCUCCCGACCCAAUAAAUCCUCUGUCUUCCAGGUUUCGCUGCCGCUGUGGGAAUCUGUUCUGCGGGAUCCACCGCUACUCCGACAAACACGACUGUCCGUACGACUACAAGGCCGACGCCGCUGCCAAGAUCCGGAAGGAGAACCCCAUGGUGGUGGCCGAGAAGAUCCAGAGAAUAUGAACACAGCACUCUGUUGGACUUUUAGCAGAUUUCAGAACACGGACCUGAACUCAGCUUCUCUUCCUUCAUUCUCCCUCCGGUUCCGACCCGGUUCACGUUUUCUGCUAACAUGAUUUUUCUUCUUCUUCUCGUGAUUUUUCUGUGGCGUUCGGAGCUUUAAUGCUAGCUGAGGAGGAGGCAGGUUAAGGUGUGGCUUCCCUUUAAAAACAUCCUGCUGAUUGCUUCCCGCUCUGGUUUUUUUCAUGAAAUCUGCCCGGUAACAGCGUUACCUUGGACUCAAGGGCUGAUAUCAGCUCCGACUAACAUUCUGAAAUCUGCCCGGUAAAAAUGCCAACUUGGACUAUCGGGCUGAAAUCUGCCCGGUACCCGGUCGGCUCGGUCUACGCUUGCUCUCUGCUGGCUUGAGUAGCAAAAUAGAUUCGUUUGAGCCUCUGGAUUUCUGCCAAGUCCCACAACUUGGAUUCCUUUUAGGAGACAUUUUUGCCAACUUUUGUGCUUCACGUCCGGUCGCGUUGGGCUCCAGUGGAGUCCUCAAACCGUCCAAGACUGAUUUUUGCCGUUAAAUGAUCUUUCCUGAACACUAGCGUGUGUGCAGUUUGUGCGACUCGUUUUGAAGGGGUUCAUCUUUCACCUGUUUCUCUGUUGUUUAAGUGACGUCAGGAAGUGAAGAUUUAACUGAUUGGUGGUUGAAAGUUUUAUGAUUUCCAUUCAUUUUGUUUUGUCUCGUUUUGGGUCUUGCUGCUUUUUUUUAAACCCCUCUUAGAUCUAAAGUUUGUACAUUGUAUUUAUAUUCUGCUGUGUGUGUGUGUGUGUGU